GUGGUGGGUUCUAUUAUGUCUCUCAUUUCUUCUCUGCUCAUUUCGCUUCUUCCAAUGAUCGCGCAAGAAGAGAUGCGGGUAGCGAGAUUUUGGGCUUCGAGGGGGCGCGAGCGUGUCACCGGCGAAUCGCGGCGUAAAAUCACCGUCUGACAAAGACGCGUCGAGAUCUGAGUGCGUUUGAGGCCAGAUACGAUGAUGAUGAAGAAGACGACGAGACGAGCGGACAGCCUGCGAGCUCAGCCUGCUUUACCGCAGUGGAUGCGCAUGUAUUUCUACGGGAUGCACGGAGUCACGCUGGACAUCCUGCUGUCCUCCGCGUGCAGGUUCCUGGAUCACAACGACUUCAGACUGCUGGGGUUCUCCUCUCCGUAUCUGUGCGUCGUGCACUCUAUUACGCAUCUGGUAUUGGAGAAGAUCUACCUGCAAAAAAGAUGCUUUCAAGAGCGACCUGUCGUUUUCCACCUCGUCUUCUACCCUUCCUUGUACAUCUGCCUGCAGAUCCUAAUUGGGAAUGUGGUGACCUGCACGGAGAACAUCAGAGUGGUUUCCGUCACGCAGCUCGUUGUGCAUUACAUCCUGGCUUUGUACUUCACAAAUGUCUUUCAUAAAGGCUUCCUGAGUCUGCAGUAUCAGGACAAGCGGGUGUUAUUGAGGUCAUCCCACCCGAAUGGGUUACACGGCGUCCUGCGCUUCGUGUUCUUCGGGAUGCAUGGCUUUCUGGACGAGGUGCUCUUCACCUCUGUGUUCAACUUGUUUGAGAAAGCGGACCGGGCCUUGAGUGGCCACACGUCCCUGUGGUCCUUCCUCAUGUAUGGGAGCUGCAGCUUCGUGGUGGAGAAGCUCUACCUCCAUCUGCACUUCAGGAGAGGAUGGGGAACCUUGCAGCGGCUUCCCAUCUACAUCUGCUUCAUUUACAUGUGGGAGUUCAGCUGGGGCUUUGCUCUGAGACAGUAUGACGCCUGUUCCUGGGACUAUUCCCACUAUCCUCUCAAUUUCAUGGGACUGGUAACAUUGCUGUAUCUUCCAGGAUGGGUCUGUCUGAGUCUGUAUCAAGACAUCUUGUCGAAUGUUCUGCUGAGGGUUGUGUGCAAUGAUAGGAAUGACGAGGAGAUGCCAAACGCUGGCGCCAAUGGACGCCUGCUGCCAAAAGGGAAGCUGGAGGAGGACAAACUGCAUGUGGGCUUUUCCUAAGAUAUGCUCCCGGGACCAGCAGAGGGGCAUUUGAACGUUUGAUGCUUGAGAAAGAAUUAAGAAGCUUUUUCAAAAGAGGAGGUCAGGGCUAGUUGUCACUUCAGGUUUAUUUUUGAAAGUCAAUUUCUGUAUCGAGACGCACUGUAGAAUUCAGAAAAAAAAUAUACUGUACUUUAAAUACUUUAAGUGGGGCAAGUUGUCACACUGUAUGGGGUAAGUUGUCACAAUGACAACCUGACUUCUGUUAGAAUACCAGGCUGUGUAAUAGCUUUUUUGCUAUAUUUAAAUAACAAAUUAAUUGUGAAGCAUGAAAAAUGUUAACACAGACAAAUAUCAGUUUUAGCAUAUCGUAGUGAUAAUAUAGAAUAUAUAGUAUUUAUAAAAAAGUAUAUUAGUCAUUUUAUAGUAGCUACAAUAUUAGUGUUGUAUACUUUAUAUAAGAAUAUUUCAUUUUAAAAAAUAUUAAUUUAAUUUCUAUACAUUUAUAAUUACAAUUAUUAAUAAUUAAUAAUAAUGUAUAUGAAUGUAUUUUUUAAAUUAAUAAUAACAUUAAUAAUAACACUAAUUCUGUAAAAUUACAACGUUUAAUACAUGUGACAGCUUGCCCUGAUAAAACUGUGACAACUUUCUAAAAAAAUAUAGAUGUAUAAUAUUAACUUAUUUUUGCUUGGAGAACAGAAUUUUUAAAAACAAUAAUAUUUUGUUAAAAACAAAUUUUCCAAGUAAACUCUUUCAACUUUAAAAUGUCCCUUUUAAUUCAGUGUGUCACUUGCUGUUUCUUUGCACUUAUUUGUGAAAUUUACUAACAAUUUCUGAGUGAAAACUGUUUCAAAGACAAGAUAGAUAAUAUAAUAAGAUAGAAAUAGUAGUUACUCGGAUGUGACGAGUUUCAUGUGCGACAACUAGCCCCGUUCUCUCCGACUUUAUUUGAAUGUAUUUAUUGUAUGAGGUCACAUGAUGUAAUUUUUAAGUGGCUUAGUAAAAAUUCACCUUACUGGCCAAAACCCUCCAACAUUUGGUAUGACAGAAAAGCCCAGGAUGUGCACACAAGGACAGAUGCACCUGCUCUCAGAGGUAUAAACAAAACCCAUAAAUUGCUGGUUCUCAGGGGGAUUUUCGUACCAGCGUUACACCCUCAGAGAAACGUUUCCUCAGAGAAACAAAGGUAGCUGCAUUAACAGCCUUAAUGUGCUUUUAAACCUAAUGUGUACAAGAUAAACCUUAUGAACUGCCAUUGCACACACAGAGCAGGAUUUCACAAAUUACUAACACAGAUAACCCUGCUGGGCUUUGAUGGUUAUUGAAUAUUGGGCAUCUGGAUGAUAGUUUUACUGCAUGAUGGGAUUUAUGAGGACGAUCUCCCCUCAUAACUGCAUGCGUCAGGAUUUUGCAUGUGGAGAUAGCAGCAUUCGUCCUGAUAAUGAGCCGCUCUGCUUAUACCGUAGCAAACUGAUUGUGAGAGAAAUUGUGACUCUUUGUGGAGCGAUACCUUUAGCUUUAAACAGGACGAGAGUGCCUUCUUUAACACUUCUAGGCAGCUGCACUUCUGUAAUCAAAACUCUUUCGAAGUAUUGCAUUCGUUCAGGCGUAUCUCAGUUCAUCUCUUAUAAAAACGAGGCCUCAAGAUGCAGGGUUUUUAGGAAUAGAGAAAACCGAUUCGUAAUCGAUCUACUUACGGCAGCUAAAGCUGAGCAUUUAUGAACAACGCUGUCUCAAAGUAUAGAGACUUUCACAACGGUCCAACUUUAUUAAAUAUUUGAGCACCGUGCACUGUGAAUAACUACUGUGGUCCCUCAAAAGAGUGGUUGUUCUUGAACAUAUGACUGAAUUGAUCUAUAUUCCUUGUCUUUGUACGAAAAAAAAAUCCUUUUCCAAAAGAUUUGUUUGAGAGAAACUGCCAAAGCUUAGAACAAUGAAUUUUUAAAGGAAUAGUUCACCCAAAAAUGAAUAUUUGCUGAAAUUUACUCACCCUCAGGACAUCCAAGAUGUAGAUGCAUUUGUUUGUUCAUCUGAUUUGGAGAAAGUUAGCAUUAUAUCACU